AUGGACCACCCUCUGGCUUACAACUCGUCCAGCGAGAGACUGUUCCUCACUCUUUACCCGUGCCCCCUGCGGAGCGCGCGACCUGCCGUCCGCAGCCUUGCCCCCUCCCUCCCGUCUAUCGCCAUGGCGAGACGAUCCAAGUUGCAGAGGGGCCGGCCGACCCCGGUACCCUCGGCCUACCCCACACCUAUCAGUUCGGCAUACCCUACGCCCCUGAGCUCGGCGUACCCAUCGGCUUGCCCUUCGGAAGAUGAAGGCGACGUGGUCGCCGUGGUGAAGCCGCGAAAGAAGCCGGCCGUUCCUUUCCGGUUCCUUGACCUGCCGGCUGAGCUCCGACUCCGCAUAUACGGAUACCACUUUGCCGAAUGUGGCAACGUUGUCGACCUUGAUCCGGACAACUACAAGCGGAUCCACCGAAGACUGGCUCUCUUGCGGACUUGUCGCCAAGUCUACUACGAGGCCUCGACCUUCUUCUACAGCAGCAGCACUUUCCGCGUCUUCCCGACCCAUCCCGGUCGGUUUUUCAAGACCAAGAAGCCGUUGCUGGCCAGGCUCUCGCCCUUUCAGCGCGCUUCCCUGACGACCCUGGAACUCCGGCUCGGACCUGGCUGGAAUAGGCCACCCCGUGGUUGGGUCGUGAACGAAGCCCUCGGGCUUCGCGAUUGCGUGCAGAUUCGGAAGCUCAAAGUCUUUGUCGAGUGCGACCCCAGCGAUACCAUUUUCAAUGGGUUCCGCCGUGCCGACGGAUUCUACGAAGAUUUUUCACGCAACCUGUUGCAGGACAUUCUCAAAGAGCUGCCCUCUCUCGAGGUGCUCGAGUUUGACGCCUGGGAGAGCGUGAAAAAUCGGGCGCCAUGA